AUGGCCAGCGAAGACAGUAAGACACUUGUAAAUAAAGAAUUUCUUACAGGCGUUGUUGAAGGGUUUUAUGGUCGGCCUUGGACAUAUCCUCAACGGAAAGAACUGUUUCGGAGGAUGAAUCAAAUGGGGAUGAAUGCUUACCUAUAUGCUCCUAAGGAUGAUAUAAAACACAGACAGUCAUGGAGGGAUUUGUACACUCCAGAGGAAGAGCAGCAACUUCAGUUUUUGAUCACUGAGUCCACUGAAGCUGGAGUACUUUUUAUUUUUGCUAUAUCACCGGGCUUAGAUGUAACGUUCUCUAGUGCUAAAGAAGUAGAUAUCUUAAAGAAAAAAGUUGAUCAGGUUUCAAAACUUGGUUGUCGUGCAUUUGCCCUUCUUUUUGAUGAUAUUGAACCGCGCCUAUGUCCUGCAGAUCGAGAGGUAUUUAACUCAUCAGCCCGUGCUCAGGUUAUGUUCGCGAAUGAAAUUUACAAUCAUUUAGGAUGUCCAGAUGUCUUUUUGUUCUGUCCAACGGAGUACAGUGCAAGUUUAGCAGUACCUAAUAUUAAUAAGUCAGAAUAUCUAGCGACAGUCGCUUCCUGUUUAGCACCAGGUAUCGCUGUAAUCUGGACCGGUCCGCUUGUAGUAUCUAAACGAAUUUUAACUAAGGAGCUGAAGGAAUUAUCUACUUUACUACAACAUCCUAUCGUUUUAUGGGACAAUCUACAUGCUAAUGAUUAUGACCAGCGUCGCGUAUUUAUAGGACCGUACAGUGGUCGACCCUUAGCUUUACGUCGCCAAGGCUUGCUUAGAGGAGUGCUGACCAAUCCGAAUUGUGAAUUUGAAGCAAACUAUGUGGCGUUUCAUACUCUUGCACAAUGGUCGAGACAAGCUGGUAGCAAACAUAUAAUACAAUCAACUGAUACAGAAAUGCUAUGUACAAGCGAGGAUUUUGAAUCUAAUGCUUCUGAUGAUAACGAAGUGAUUGAUGAUGGUAUCGAUGAUCAAAAGUCAGGUGAUAUUAAUGAACACCCGUCUGUCUGUCAGGAUGACUGUGUAAGUAGAAAACGACAAUAUGCAUCUGUUUACAGACCUCGUGAGGCUCUCCGUAUAGCUUUGCGAGACUGGCUUGCAUUAAUGCUUCAGGUUGGUGCUUCAAAACCUAGCACGGCUAUAGGUACUCCUACACCUAUGGAUACAGAUAAUCUUGAAACUGGUCAAAACGAAGCUCCCAUGCAGGUUGAAUCCACCUCUUCCAAUGUCGUCAUGACUUCUGAUAAUAAUUCUUCUGAAACCCCUAUUUCAGGUGAUGUAAAUUCAGUUACUGUUACCUUAGAGGAUUUGGAAAUGUUCGCUGAUCUUUUCUAUUUACCUUUCUCUCAUGGACCCUCAGCUAUUCGUCUACUAGAAUUAGGACAUUGGUUACGUGAAUAUUCGUAUGUUUGUGGACCUAACCCAUCUGAUCUUGAGAAAGCAACUGAAUGGAACAAAAAGUUAUCAGAUUAUAUAGAUAUGGUUUCUACAAUUGGUCGAAUACGAGAUCGUAUACAACAUUUACCAUCUAAAAGUAUCUCCUAUGAACUAGUACCAUAUAUAACCGAAGUUCAUAGUGUAGUUGGAAUUAUCCUGGAUUAUUUCCGAUGGUUAGAAACUGGAGUCAUGGCUUUUCGUAGCAUGUCUCAUUUAAAGCGGCUUCUAACAUGGUUUUCGCCUGGUUACCGUGAUAUGGUAACAUCUGGUGAUCAAGAACCAUGGACAUUUCGUGGUGGAUUGAUAACAGAACUUCAGAGAAUUUUACCUCUCGAAUCUGCUCAAGAUCUUUUCCCUGCUCCAAGUCGUGCUGUCCCAGGCAUGACUACCAUUCCUUGUUUGAAUUGGCCUGAUAAUGCAUCAAGUGUAUACACACCACUUGCGCCUUCUGUUCCCCCAAUGAUUCCAAUUCAACCUUCAAUUUUCCCAAAUUUUUCAAGGUUUCCAUCAUAUAUAGUUCGACCAUAUAGACCUGAAGAUAAAUCAUGUAUGUAUGGCUUAUUCAGAAAACUACUUUUGACUCGUGUUGGUUUACCUGAAAACGCUCUUCCAUUAGAAUUCCAGGAUUUACCAGGUGACAAGUAUUUACUUCCAUUUCUACAACAUUCACCUGAAAAUUGUUUUAUGGUUAUGGGUCCACCCUUCCUGCAGACCUCAGUUGAUUGCUCUAGCUCAGUCACAAAUACUGAUCAUUCUACCACAGGUAAUUGUGUUGGCUUUGGUGUUUCAGCACCAGAUGCUGUAUGUUGGGCUCGUGAACGUACUACUCACUAUCGAGAGUCAAUGAAAUUGAAAUAUCCACGUGAUUUCCAAAUUGGAGUACACAAUUUAUCGCAUUGUAACAAAUUAGUCGUUGGAAAUGGUGAGACCAACAACUCUAACUUGAACGUUGUUAGUGCGACUGAUACUGCUCGAUUGGAACCUCCUGUAAUUUCAUCUGCCCCACUUUCCCCUUUAACAGAUGAUCGUUCUUCAAGCAUUACUCCAAAUCAAAAUUCUGUGGCUGUCGAAGAAUUCAUCAAGUCUAUGAUUUCUUCUUUCCACAAUGAUACAUCUGAAGUUGUUGAUAUUGCUGCAGCUGUGAAUUUACUCCCUCCUCCCGAACCACUUGGUGGAUGCCUUCCCAUGGAGCCACCACUAUCUGGUUGUUUGGAACAAUGUGAACCUAAUUGUACGACUGCUCCAAUCACUUCUAAUAUUCCUACUAAUUUGUCAUCUCAAUUAGAAUUAAAGUCUUCUUUUCCUAUUGAUGAAUGUGGUGCAACUAUCCCAGCUUUACCUUUGCCUACACCUAUUUUACCAGAUACCGCUCCUCCAUCUCCACCAUCUGGAACUACUUGUGCACCAUCAUUAGUGCCUGAGACAUGUUCAAGUAGUCCUGCAACAACAAAUUCAGUGAUAGCUCGGAAUCUUAUUGUUGCUGGUGGACCAGAAGCACUUCAUAGUGCUUUAACAGCUCAUCCCGCUAUUAUAUGGAUUGAAUUUGAUGAUAUAGGAUUAAAUAGUUGUGUUAAUGGUCCUACACCUGCUAUGCUUAUUAAUCAUAAUCUUGGAUUAUGUGCAGAUUCACCUGAAGUGUUGUUGGAUUCUGUAGCACGUCGAUUAUUUAUUUGUUUGUUAGCGGCAUUGAAGACAGUUGGCGCUCAUGGAGCACAUGUACAGUUGGAUACUAUCAAUGAACAUCGGGCAGAACUUUAUCGACGUUUUGGUUUUUAUCCUAUUCCAGCAGCUUCAAAUGAACAAACAACUGUUUUAGCUCGUUUAAUUUGA